UAUAUAUAUAUAUAUAUAUAUAUAAGACUGACAUUACUUAUGUGGAAUCCGACGUGGAACUUCCCCACUCGCCCCUCCGCAGAAACAUUUCUCGCUUCAAUCCUCAUUGGUACUAACUCCCUCCGCCAGGAUGCCGCCGGCGUGCGACGGGGAAGUCGCCGUUCCUUCCUCCACCGCCUCCGCCGGAGCUUCUUCAACGGACGGUAAAUGCUCCUGCGCUUCGUCCGAGGAGACCUGCACGAAUUGCAGAAGGAGAUCAUCUUCCUCCGGCCUUCCCUCGUCCUCCUCCUCGUGUUCUUUGUUGAGCUUGGAAUCGUAUCCAGUUCAAGACUAUGACAAGCUAUGGAGAGUCUUCACUGCUUCCGUCAAAGGUUUUACAAUCGGCGCUGGCCUCAAAGGCGGCCUCGCUCUUUUCGCCAUCCUCGCACGUCUUCGUCGCCGUCGAUCCUUACCAUCGGCUCGGAAGACGGAAAUGGUUUCUGGUAGUGAUGAUGUGAUUUUGGCGCUGAAAGAGACGUUACGAUAUGGAUUAUUUCUUGGAACUUUUGCCGGUACAUUUGUGUCAGUGGACGAGAUUGUUGCUGGUUUGGGCGGUCACAGAAGGACAGCCAAGUGGAGGGCGCUGCUUGCUGGGGCAAUAGCCGGGCCUUCAAUGCUAUUAACGGGAACAAAUACUCAGCACACAAGUCUGGCCAUUUACAUUCUAAUGCGCGCUGCUGUAUUGGCAUCACGUUGUGGUAUAAAAAGCAAGCGUUUUGGGCACAUUUGUAAACCUCUAACUUGGGCUCAUGGAGACAUUUUUCUCAUGUGUCUCUCCUCCUCACAAAUUCUGUCUGCUUACAUACUUAAGCCAGAGAGUCUGCCACAAUCUUAUAAGUCCUUUCUCUAUAAACAUGGGGCAAAGGAUGCUCGAAUCUUGCAAGGAGUAAGAGACAUUGCUUGUGGCUUCCCUUUUACGAAUCUGGAUGACAUAGAAAAGUAUUACAAAUCCACUGGUGUUGAUGUAAAAUUGGAUCCCCGUAUGAAAGUCCCUUGCUCGAUAAUACAUGGUAACCAAGCAUGUGAAGCACAUUUUCUUUCAUUCCUUGUGCAAGCCUAUAAAAGAGCAUUGCCAGUUUAUCUUCCAGUUUAUCUAAUUCCUGCACUUAUAGUACAUCGCCAGGGGCUCUUGAAAAGCCCGUUCUCAAUUUUGGCAAAAGGUCUGCUUGGUACUGCCCGGUCCAGCUUGUUCCUGUCAACAUACUGUGCUUCUGCUUGGAUGUGGACAUGCUUUCUUUUUCGGCUUUUCAAGAGAUGCAAUGUACCAAUGGUGGCCCUGGGGACGGUAUGGCCACUAUCUUCUCCUGUUCCUUUUUUUAGGUUUUCUUGUCUCUAUUCAUGACUCUUAUGGUGAUCUUUGGCAGUUUCCUACUGGUCUAGCUUUGGCCAUUGAGAAAAAGAGUAGGCGAAUAGAGAUAUCCCUAUAUUGCAUGGCACGAGCCAUCGAAAGUUUCUUCACUUGUAUGGCUGAUGUUGGGUAUUUGCCUCGGGCAAUGAAUUUGAAGAGAGCUGAUGUUGUCGUUUUCAGCAUCUCAACAGCAAUAAUCAUGCACUGCUAUGCUGUCGAGAGGGAUGUAUUUCGAUCAAAGUAUCGAAACGUUCUUGAUUGGGUGUUUGGUGUGCCUCUCCCUCCAUACGAUACCACUCCUCGCAAGAAGAGAUGACUACUGGAGCGACACCUUGCAAUCUUUCAAUGUGUUUCUUUCAUUUUGAACCAGAGGUUGGCCAGGAUGAGAGCUGUAUACCAUUUUUCAUACAGUUGGUUUUCUUCAUGUUUGGGAUUGCUGUAAUUGCAAGCUUGGUCGAUCAUAAAUUAUAUUCACCAAAAAGCACUGUUAUGGUGAUGCUCGGUGAUGUAACCAUCUCAUACAUAGGUGUAGAUUUUUGACAUUUCAGCCUGCUGAUACUAUGUAGCAAGUUGAACAAAGGUAGUAUGUUUUUCAGGCUCUUUUCAUUCUCUGCAGCCUGAUGAUAGAUCAUUUUGCUUCACUUCUUCCGUUGAUGCCCAUUUCUGACUUAAUUGUAUUAGACCCCCAUUCAGAAUUCUUGGUUAAAAAAACUGCAUUCACUUGGUGCAGAGUUGAGAGUUCAGACAUCUCAGGCGUCACUUCGAUCUUUGCAGUCACUUGUAUUAAGUCGAUGACAAGAUGUUAGCCAAAUUGCUGAGUUCCUGAGAUGAAAGUUUUGAGUACCAUUUGCGCCUAAACUGUACAGCAUUCUAAUUGUGAUUUUUAAUCAUUUCCAUCACUUGUUUAGUAUAAACUACCAAAAUUCAAAUGACAAAAUCAAUAGAGAUGAACAAAGACUCCUAGUUGCAGAACAUAAAUCAGAAAACAAAGAGCAAAAACAGAAAAUGCAUCGGCCAAAAUACUGCAUCUUUAAUUCCUGAAAACAGUCGCUACUUUCAACAAUCAAAACAUCAUCCCUUGACAAGCCACUGAUUCAUUAUAUAAUCCAUUACAAAGCCCCAUAAACCCUAAUCCCCAAAAUCCCACCCCCCACCAAAUCCAUAGAAAAAAAAAAUUCAGACUUCAUCCUCGUGGAGGAGCAUGUUUGGGAUCCCUUUGUUGACAGGAAAUUUCCGGCCAGUUUCCGGGCAGACCAAAGCACCCUCUUCAAGAUGAAGCUCAAGGAGGGCAUGAUUCAGCUUGCGGAGGAAAUCCUCGGAUUCCAACAUGGAGGGUUCAGCUUGUUCAGGCAAAUCAGCGUAGCCCAUGGUUUUGGAAGCCUCAACGAGGACUUUGUAAUCAAGCUUGGCGAACAUGUUCUUGAGGAACUCCGGGUUCAAGUCCACAUGUUUCUCCACCACUUGGCCCACUUCGAUCUUCAGCGGGAAUCCGUUCGCGACUCCUUUGAUGUUCGAUGCGAGCAUGUUGUGUGUCAAUAGCCUCAUUUUUGUGCCCCCUUCGAAAGUUUCUCGUCGGAAAUCUGUUCCUUUUCUCUGGAUUUUUGUUUGGAGAGAAGCUAACUAAGGAGGAGGCCGGCGAGGAGUGUUGGCGGCUGUUUUUGUAGUAGCGCAGGGGAAGUUGGGGAGGUUUUAUAGAGUAAUUGUAAUUUGGUCCUUAUGUUUCCUUUUCUUUUCAAAUAGCAAAUUAAAUUUUUAAUACUCUCUCUGUCUCCAAACAAAGUAAGCUAGAAUUCGAUGCAUAUUAUUUUCCUGGAGCCGAGGGAGUGUUUCAU